GUUGCUAGCUCGCCCAUCCCCCUACCCCCUGGCCCCGACAUUUCCAGCAAAGCGACUCUCCACUUCCAAUCCAUCAACAAUUCAUUACUGCUUUUAGCUUCCAAACGCCAGCUAAUUAAAAAUACUAAGCCAAGCUCCGGGGCCAGAGUACUAAACACAGGAGGAGGGGUGUGUGGGCGAGAGGAGGAGAGAAAAAUAAAUAAAAGGGAGACGCACCGUUUGCGCUUAUAAACGGGGAAGGGAAAAAAAAAACUGAAAAAGGUCCCCUUGGGAAAAAAAAAACAUUUUUUUUUACUCUAAUUAUCGAAUCAGCACAUGACUGAUUGGUCAUGACAGCGGAUUUUCUCCCCCCUUGGGGACUAGACUAGGAACUCGGUUCCUUUUUCUUAAAACAACAUAAAACAGGAAAACAUCACAUCCUUUUGGGUUUCAAAGACUGAACCAAUUUUCAACGCCGUUACUUCCCCCACCCCAGCGCCCCCCGCCCGGAGCGAAGGCUGUUAUAACUGGUUUCUGGGCUCCCAGAAUCUUGUGCUCCCCUCCCCCUCCACACCUUUCUUUUUCUUCUCGCUCGGCCCCUCAUCCCACCCUUUCUUCCUUCCUCCUCCUCCUCCCUCUCCUCCCACUCUUCUGCCCCCUCCUUCCCUCUUAAGUUAGUUCAAGAAAUCAAAUCUGUCAGGACGGGCGGAAAAAUGCCACUUCCCGACUAACAGGCGGAAUCCAGCCCAGAUUUUCAGUCCUUUCUUCUUCUUUCUUCCCUUUCGCUAAUUUAUCCCGAUGUUAGCACAUUCUGUCUUGUUACUAGCGGACGCCUGUAGGUUUGCUACAUGGGAUCAUUACUUACUGAUCACGGUGACUCUGAAGUCUGGAACUGAAGGCGGAAUGAGAAGUUGGGAAAACUUUUUUCUCUAAGCUCUUUUUUUUUUUUUUUAAACUAUUCUCGAUGCUUGUUACGAGGAAAAAAACCCUUUGGUGCUUCUGUUGUGAAUGUGAAACAUUAUCUUCCAGCUGUACAGUGACACAUUUUUUUAAGGAAAAAGGACUCCUGAACUGCUUGCCAAAAAGGGGGGGCGGGGAGGUGGAAUAAUGUUAUCGAGUGAUUAUUCUGGCUGAGAUGUGUUAUUUGGUUUCUUCCUUCUUGAUCAUUUGGUGUUUAAGUAAAAUGAGGCACAGGCUUGUUUGCCGAGUGGAGUGGGAAAGGCAUUUUGAUUUGCUGGCCUAAUUAAAAAAUGAUAAAGGAUUAAAAGGAAAAAGUGGACCUGGACUGAAGGGUGUAAUAUCCCUGGACACAUUCCUGGGGCAGGAAAAAGAAGAGGAAGACUAGAAGAUUUUUUUUUCUUUUUUUUUAAGAAAAAGCCCAGCGGAGCUAAACGAAUGUCCCCUCAUCUCCAAAGGAAAGUUCAUCGGAUUUUUAUUCUAGAGAGCUCAUCUUCAGGAUGUCAGUGAACAUUUCGACGGCAGGAAAAGGUGUGGAUCCAAAUACAGUUGAUACUUAUGACAGUGGCGAUGAUUGGGAAAUCGGGGUUGGAAAUUUAAUAAUCGAUCUGGACGCUGAUUUGGAGAAGGACAGACAGAAAUUUGAGAUGAAUAAUUCUACCAACACCACGAGCAGCAGCAGCAACUCGAAGGAUUGUGGAAGUCUGGCCUCCAGUGGGGCCGGUGCUACGGCAGCCUUAGCGGAGGGCCUAAAAUUUGCUUCUGUUCAGCCCUCUGCACCCCAGGGGAAUUCACACAAAGAGACCAGCAAAUCAAAAGUGAAAAGGAGUAAAACUUCUAAGGAUGCUAAUAAAUCUCUGCCUUCUGCUGCCUUGUAUGGGAUUCCCGAGAUCAGCAGCACUGGCAAGAGGCAGGAAGUCCAAGGGCGCCCUGGAGAGGCAACUGGCAUGAAUUCAGCGCUGGGUCAAAGUGUGAGUGGCGGCGGCGGCGGCGGCGGCAACCCAAACAGCAACUGUACCGGCACCGGCACCUCGGCUGCCGCCGCGGGGGCGGCCUCCUGUGGGAAGAGCAAAGAGGAGAAGCCAGGUAAAAGCCAGAGCAGCCGAGGCGCCAAGCGGGAUAAGGAUGCGGGGAAAUCCAGGAAGGACAAGCACGACCUGUUGCAGCAGGGCCACCAGAAUGGCAGUGGCAGCCAGGCCCCUCCCGGGGGGCACCUCUAUGGCUUUGGGGCCAAGAGCAAUGGAGGUGGCGCGAGCCCCUUCCACUGCGGGGGCGCUGGGAGUGGCAGCAGCGGCGCGGCUGCCGGGGAAGUUAGCAAAAGUGCCCCGGAUUCAGGGCUCUUGGGAAACUCUGUGUUGGUAAAGAAGGAAGAGGAGGAGGAGGAGAGCCACAGGCGAAUCAAGAAACUGAAAACCGAGAAGGUUGACCCCCUGUUUACAGUGCCAGCACCACCACCACCGAUUUCCAGCAGUCUCACGCCUCAGAUUCUACCCUCCUACUUUUCCCCAGCUUCAUCCAAUAUUGCAGCACCGGUUGAACAGCUUUUGGUUCGGACUCGUUCUGUGGGUGUCAAUACAUGUGAAGUUGGAGUAGUGACAGAACCAGAGUGUCUUGGGCCCUGUGAACCUGGGACCAGUGUGAAUUUGGAAGGGAUCGUGUGGCAUGAAACAGAAGAAGGUAAAUACAAUUUAUUCAUUUAUUUGUUGAUUGAUUUUCCCCAUGUCUUCUUCCCCACAGGAUGAUGCAUUUAUGUCUACCUGGAAGGGGGCAUUUGUUUUUGUGGUCAUCAGAAAGUAAAGUAGUUUUCAUGAUCUCUUGUUCAAAAUGAAUCGGGUGUCCCUAAAAAGUGGUUCUCCCCUCUGUUUAAAGUGCUAACUCAAAGACUUCUGUGUGAGAAGCAAAGUGAAGGCUAUCCUUUUUUCCCAAGAAGUAUCCUGGAAGUUAGGAGAUGGACCUCUUGUUCAUUUUUUUUUUUUUUUUAAAUAGGUGUUCUUAUCAAUCUGCAUGUCUUGACGUGGUGGUUUCUUUUGUUUUGAGACUGUCUUUGCCUUCUAGAUUGAGCAAAGUCUCUUGCAUUCAGUGAGGGCCGUUGCCAUGAUACAGCCAUGAUCUAAUAAUGUCAAGCUUGGUUGACCGCAGUUGAGCCAAUCUGUUCUCUUCAUGGCCAGAGAUGUAGUACCACCCUAGCCCCGGCAGGCCAUUUGGCAAGUGGCAUCUGUAUGAUCCGUUAGUCACUAGAGAAACAGAUUAGUAAUCCAUCAUUGCGAUUGGAGAUAUCACUAUGAGCCUAUGUCAUUUUGAAAGUGGAUCCUAGCCAUGGUUGGCCACAUGCUGUAGAGCAUAUUAUCAUCAGAUAUGUAUUUUAGAUGAUCAGGGUCAUUAACAGAAACCAACAAUUAAUUAAUUAACAGGAGAGUGCUACAUCUCUCCCUGGGACAAUGAUUAAAGUAGAAAAAAUAAGGAAGAGUGCCUCAGGGUAUACCAGGGAAUAAGGAAAGUGAAGGUUACAAGGGCGUUUUUUUUUUUUUAACCAAAGUUUGAUUAAUCAAGAAGAAAGGAUGAUAUAUUGCAGUAAAGUAAAAGACUCUGAGAUGCGGGGGAGGGUUCAGGUCCUGGAAUAUGAUGGCAGAGGAGGACCUAGUAGAGGUUAAAUUGUUGUGUGGAAAAUUGAGAAAUUUUACACAUGUACAAACUAUUGUAUUUUACUGUUGACUAUAAACCACUAAUUCCCCAAUAAGGAAAUAAAAAAAAAAAGGAAGGAAGGAAGUGGCAG